GAGGGUGCUCUCGCUGCUGCUACUAUACUAGGCUACAACUACUACCACUACAGCUACCACUAUCACACUAAGCGUAUCCUGGUACGCGCUAGCUACGUAGGCCGCUAGCUACGGUGGUACACCGAUACUACUCUCCUCCACGCCUCUCCUCGUCUGCUCCUUCUCGCUGCUCCCCGCGCGGACUCACCGGGAUAACUGCAUUUCGCGGACAGAAUCCCACAAGAACUCACGGCGAGCGGUCGCCCCUCUGCGCCACGGCCGACACUCUUCGUCGUCGUAUCGUAUCCCAUCGGUUUUCGACUUUUCCCUUCCGCGUAAACGUUUCCCGUCCGACGCACGACGUUCCCGAUAAGAGUAUACGAAAGCAAAGGAAAAGAAGGAUAGUCCGCCCGUUACGCGUCACCCUUCGCCACGUCCUUUCCUUCCGUUCGCAAUCUCCUCCGUAUCUAUAACCAAUUAAAUUCUUCCACGAGUACCGACUUCUUUCAAACUCGUGCUAAUUCUUUUCAAACAUCUGAUCAAAGAUUAUUUUAAUUUUCAAGGCCGCCAACCAGCACCGCGACCCCUUCUCCUCCUCGACCUCCACCGCUUCUCUCCUCCGUCCCAAUCUCUUCCGCUCGUUCGCCCUCCUAAUUGGAUCCAAGAGAUAAUAAGAUUUGAAUUUCGAAUCGGGGUCAUAUCGCGAUAAACCGACCGCGUUUCCCGUAGACGUUGAGAAUCCAACAUCAUAUCUUUCCUCCUCUUCUUCUUCUUCUUCUUCUUCUUCUCCUCCUCCUCCUCCUUCUCCUCCUCCCUCCUCCCUCCUCCCUCCUCGUCCUUCUCCUUUUUCAAUACUUGGAAUACAAAUAAAAACUUCUUCCUCCAGUCAUUCGUAAACUCGUCGGUAUUCGCGUAAAUACGUCGUCGUAUCGAAGUUACCAAAACGUUACGAUAAGAACUUAUUCGGGAGGUCAUAGACAAUCAUACAUGGAACUCGACCAACACCAAUAACGUUCUAAAUCAAGAAUAGAAAAGCAAGGAGUUACAGUGAUAAUAAGCGACAGUGAUAUAAGGAGGCGACGCGAGAGCAACGUCCUAAAAGGUGGUAUUGUGUUACGGGAAUAGAGGAAAGCCUAUUACCUAGAGUGCCAAAUGCCGAAGAGGAAAUAAUUGUAAAAGAGGAAUAAUUAAAAAGCCAAAGUAGAAGAAAGAAGUUUUAAAGUUCCUAGUCUCCUAUAUAUAGAGGAAUAAUAAUAAUAAAACGACUUGGACUAUUCGUUCGCGCGCCCAAAAAAGGACAGAGGCAUGCAGUGGUAAAUAAGAAAGGGGUGUCAGGUGGUGAUUAAUCGUCGCAAGAGCUCUCGAAGGAGCUCGGUAAGGUCGCCCCCGGCAUCACCCUGGCUAACGACCUGUCCGGAGGUAGCGGUGGUCCCGGUGCGGCCGGCGUCGGCACCGUCGGUGGGACCGUCGGUGGGACAUCCGUCGGCGGCGGCGCCGGCGGCACCGCUGGUGGUGGUGGCGGUUCGUCGCUACCGACGACCGCCCUUAGCCUCGAUCAUCAGCAAUUCAAUAUAUUCCCGGCUAUAUUUAGCCGGCAAUUAAACUUUUCUGCCAAUUGCGGUCAGAACAAGCUGAUGGACGAGCUAAGGCCGAAUCUCGGCCUACUCGGAGUUGGUCUAGUAGAGAACGACAGCUUCCAUUUGAAUCACAAUCAGGAAAAGAGAAAGUGUAGCAGCGCGAGCUCGAACGAACAAGACUUUGGGCUCUACGGGGUGCAUCAGGGCCUCGAAGCUAGCCCGCCGACGCCUGCGGCUACACCGGGAAGAAGCAGCGUGGGGGCCACCACUACCGUCGGAGCCGAAGGAGCUUUUAAAAAAUUAAAACCGGACCCUUGCGCCUCUAGCCCUCACAUUGGCCACACACCCACCACCGCGAGUUGUCCUACACCGGCUCGACGUCGACACAGGACUACCUUCACGCAGGAGCAGCUGGCAGAAUUGGAAUCGGCGUUCGCAAAAUCUCAUUAUCCUGACAUAUACUGCAGAGAGGAAUUGGCGAGGACCACCAAAUUGAACGAGGCUAGAAUUCAGGUCUGGUUCCAGAACAGAAGAGCGAAAUAUAGAAAGCAAGAGAAACAAUUGCAAAAGGCACUUACUCCGAUACCCGCGUGCCAAGGUGCCAUGAUGAGGAACAUCUAUCCUGGUGCUAGCAGAGGUUAUCAACCCUACCCACAUCCACACAACAGUAUAAACGGAAUCAAUCGUUAUCCUCAGAUGGGCACGACGUCUUACCCUAGCAUGACCCAACCCUUCUCCAUGUCGCAUUCGGCGUCGAACAUGUCGGCGGUCACCGGUAUGCGACAAGACGCGAUGGGCAUGUCAGCGGAGGACGAAUGGUACAACAAGAGUAUCUCGGCCCUAAGAAUGAACACGGCCCAUCAUCCUAAUCUCGCCGCACCGAUGCUGCAAUAUCAAACAUAAUUGUAAACGUAUACCGCUGUAAAUGUUCACCGACCGAAUAAACGCUAAACACGUCGUCGGACCCAUCGAGAACGAGGACGAGGAGAAAUGGCGACCGUCGUUGAUCGUUACCGAACUCAAAAACGAAAAAGAGAGAGAAAAAGAGAAAGAAAUGGAGGAGGAGGUGAGAGAGAGAGAGAGAGAGAGUUGGCUAAAUUUCUUUGCGAAAGAAAAAUUAACAAUUUUUAAACGGUUAAGAUAUUAGAACACGUGGGUCGCCGAAAUUAUUUUUCUCGUUCGAACGUAGCCAACGCGUUCUUUUCUCGAAAUUAAUCGUCCAUAAAGCUCAAAGAUGUAAAUCGAUGAAUAAAUGCUAACAAAUUAAUAUCGAGGACGAAUAACUCGACACCGUGUUUCGUCACUUUGCGACGCGAAUGUAAGAAUGGAAAAACAGUAAAAAAAUGUCGAAAAGACAGAGGGAGAAAGAAAAAGAGAGUGAGAGAGAGAGAGAGAAAGUGGGAGUGGGAGUGGCAGAGAGGAAGAGGGAGAGAAAAAGGAAGAAAAAGAAAAAGAAAUAUGAUCAACAUGGCGGAGCACAUUUAGCGCAAAUAAUUUUAUAUACGUACACGAGUUUUCCUAUUCGAUUAUAAUGUACAGUAUAUAGAGCUUCGAUGAUUUUUCCGUUUCCGUGUUCUCUCGAUCGCGUAACAUUUCGUCCGACAGUGGAAGGGAAAACAAAUAAAAAAAAAAUGAAUAAAAGAAUGAAUAGAGAGAGAGAGAGAGAGAGAGAGAGAGAGAAAGAGAAAAAUAAAUGAACGAUCGUAUAUUCGCUCGAAUUUGUAGCUUAGAGACGAAUGAGCGUAUAUGAGAAACGUGAAACGAUUUAAAAAACUAAAAAAAAUAAGAAGAGAGAGGGAGAGAAAAAGAGAGAGAAGAAAAAUGAAAAGAGAGGGGAGAGAGAAAGAUAGAUAGAGAGAGAAAGAGAGAGAGAGUGUGAGAGAGAGAGAGAGAGAGAGAAAGAAGAAAGGAGAUCUUUCGUUAGUUUCUUAACAACGAGAUUAAAAAAAGACAGACUUUCGAUUGAAGGAAGAAGACUCUGGGGAAUUGUAAAUACAUGCAAAGAUAUAGAUAUUAUAUAGCGUAAUCAGCAGAAUAUUCUAGCGUAUGCGAUUUUUCAAUGUCCUUUUAAAAGAAAAAAAAAAAAAAAAAGUGUAAGCGUACCCUUAGUGAAAUAUUAGGCAUUGAUUUGUGUGCUUAUGUUGACCGGGAUUUUAAAGUAACCGACUAUGAUUGAUAAUGACGAUGAUGCUGAUAAUUUUUUCAGGCGACAUUAGGAUCGAAGGGUUGCGGGAUUAGAGCGAAUGACGGCGAAUAUCGGCAGUGUCGUGCGUUCGAAAUUUGAAAGGCGUCAGGCUUGGAAAGUUGUAGAGACAAAAGUGAUUUAAAUAAAUAAAUAAAUAAAUAAAUAAGAAAAAGAAGAGGAGGAAGAGAAGAAGGAAAAAGAAAAACGAUUCCGUUCCAAUAGCGAACUUUACAAACGAACUUGAUAAUUCGCAAACUUCUCCUGACGCCUUUCGUUCGUCAUAUUUGAAGUCUGUCCGAUCAACAAACGUCUAUAUUGGUGUCAUUUUUCAAUAACUGUCUAAUCGAUAUAUCGACUCGAGGACGAAGCUGCAGAUACGACUGCAUUGUUUUCGUGUAGCUCCGCUGCGACCUCUCAUUGAUAUAUAUCGCGCUCGCGCUGUUCCACGCGAAAUGUUCCUAAAAAAAGUUUGUAACAUAUCACACGUAUGAACGUACACGCUUACGUCGUACGUACGUACGUGUGUACGUACGUGCGUGCGUGCGUGCGUGCAUCCGUACCAUGCAUGCGUGCGUACAUACAAAUAUACAACAAAUAUACAAACAUACAUGCAUACAUACAUACAUUUAAUACAAAUUAUACACGAUCCUCGAAAUAUACAUAUACACAAUGCAUUCGAACAUAACAUACACGUACACUAUAUCCCACGUAUGUCGAGAUGAAAAAAAAAGGUUUAAACUUAAGUGGAAAUACAUACACAGCGGGCGUAUUAUAGUUUUAAGCAAGGGUCACGUAUUGUACGUAUGUGUUGUACAUAGCCUAAAUAAAAAUUACAUUUAAAACUAACCUUCGUGCGUUCGUUAGUUUUGUUCUUGUUUGUUCCCGCAAUUACAUAUCUGGUUGUUAUUUAGGAAGGAAAAACUAAUCGAAGAAAGUCAUAUCUCUUAAAAUGUAACUGUAACAAAAAUACGAAACUAACCAUUAAAGAUUUCUGACUAAUAUUAAAUCUCCAAAAUAUGAUCAAAACUUUACUAAUUUAUGUUUUUUUCAUUUUUUUUUUAUUAUUAACGAAUAAAAAUAUCGACAAAACGUUAAAUAAAUAUAUAUAUACCUGAUAUUUCGUAUAAUAUUGAACAAAGUUUUGCUCAACAAAGGAAUUACGUCGAAACGUUGUAUUUUCCCUCCACAUCGCUCAUCGCGCCUCCUAGCGGUCGGAACGUGAACGUUUAGAAAUAAAAUACGCGCGAAAUACGAAACACGUGUUCUGUAACAUUUCCCAUGAAGGAUCAUUAAUUCGACAAUUAAUAACUUUAUUCUCAUUUGAUUAUGAUAAAUUCUUUUUCAUUAUUCUUAUAAUUCAAUAUAUCAGGGACAAUGUCCCUAUAAAAAUAUUUUUAUCGCAAUAUUCAACACUUCAUAUCCACAUUAUAAUUUUGAAAGCAGCUUAAAAUAAAUUUGGAAAUAUUCUUAUUAUCGUUGUAUAUUAUAUGCAAAUAAAUAAGAAUAAUAUAUAUUGAGAAAUAAACGCCAUCUAAUAUUAAGAUGAUAAAUCACAUAAGUCUCGGUUGUUACAAAAUAUUUAUCUGAAUCUGUAGAGAAACUUAUUAUCUGUGAUGUGAAAAAAAAAAGAAAAUAUAUAUAUAUAUAUAUAUAUGUACAUAUUGAAUAAUUUAUGAAAAGUAAAAUGAAUUGAAGGAUUUGAUCGUUUCGUGAUGGAUCGUCCAUACAAAAUGAGAGGAUAAAAUAUUAGAUUUCAAAGUUUAUUUGUAUGUCAUUAAAUUUAGCACAUUCAUAAUAAAUCUUAUAUGACAGUGUACCUUCGCCUAAAAAACUAUACAUAAGGAAUCGCCAGACUAAAAUAAACGAUAACCCGUACUUCAUAUUAUGUUUGCUAUGUUGUUUCCUCGUAAUUUGUCCUUCUUAUACAUAAUAAUAUAUGUCUGCAAUAAUUUAGAUUACAAAGACGUCAUAGACUUUUCACACCCUUUUUAUUUUUAUUUUUUUUUUUUUGUUAUCCUUUCUUUUGUUUUUUCUCGUAACACGUGUAUAUGGCGCGCGGAAACGCACAAACACGCAUUAAUGUUCCCCGGCAGCGUGAACAGGAGCUAAAAUGUUUUAUUUCUUGCUUUUCUUUUUCUUUUUUUUCUUCUUUUUCAUCUUUUUCUUUUAAUUAUCUCUAUCACUUUCACAUUUUCAUUCGUACGCGUUACUUUCGUAUAAUUUUAAUUACACACACGCGCAGUACCGUCUCGAAUUUAACAUUUUUCUAAUCUAUACUUGUUUCGAUACU